UAGUCCAUCCUUAUGGAUUCCGCUACACAAUGCAGAUAAAUCCCGCAACCUCACGGAGUCACGAUAGGAGUUUUGCUAUGAGUAAAAGCCUCCUGUGAUCUGACUGCCUUUCUUGACCCCUUUCGAAUUCGAGUUGAUUGGUGCAUGGAUCAACGUGCAAUUCUUGGCAGGUUCCAUGGAAUGCUGCCCGCUGGUUCGGGCCUGUCUGGCAUCAUCCCGACCGGUUCGAGUAGAGAAAGACAACUGGUUCCAAGCGGCAAGUCCGAUUGCUUCAGGCCUCCAUAAAACCUCUCGAGAGACACUAAUCCAAUUAUGGCCACUGUGGCUAAUCUUCCUCCCAGGACUUGACUGAUGACAUCGGCAGUUAUUGCCGAUAACUUUUGGCCUCGUAAAAUCGUCGUGCGUGCCGUGGGUGCGAGAGCCCACCUAACCUACCUUGAACUGCUGCGAGCGUACACAUCCAUAGUACCGGAUAUCUCAACCCUGCAGCUCCGACUCGGCAUUGCAUCCGCACUGGAUUUGAUGAUCGUCGACAUAGAAACUGUCAAAGCUCGCGGAUCGACAUGGUUCCCUGAAUCGAAGUUCUGCACACUGUGUGGGUCUGGAUCUCAUCGCAUCGCAUCGCACCGCAUCGCAUCGUGGUCGAACUGCUUGUGCCUUGUGGGCUUUCCCAUCGCAUCCUCAACAGUGGUAGCAGUGGAUCAAACACGGCACAUGGACCACAUCCUGAUUUUCCCACACGAAGAUCGAUCUCAGGGCUCCUCAGCCUCAACCAAAACCGAAGAGACAAAAUACCAACAAAAUUCGCGUAUUUAUCACGAGUAGACACGGGACAUCUAACUUUGCCCCUUCUCCCCGGAAAGAACAAGCGCCAAUGACAAUGCUUCAGCCAAAUGAUACAAUGUCAAUGUUAUCUUCUCUGUCGGCAAGACCCCGA